ACAAUGGCCCAGCUGUACUACAAGAAGGUGAGCUAUUCACCCUACCGAGACCGGAUUCCAUUGCAGAUUGUGCGGGCAGAAGCCGAGCUGUCAUUAGAAGAGAAGGCAUUCCUCAUCGCUGUAGAGAAAGGGGAUUAUGCCAGUGUCAAGCAUGCUUUGGAAGAGGCCGAAAUCUACUACAACAUCAACAUCAAUUGUAUGGAUCCACUAGGCCGCAGUGCACUUCUCAUAGCCAUAGAAAACGAGAACCUGGAGAUUAUGGAGUUGCUACUAAGCCACAAUAUUUAUGUAGGAGAUGCUCUCUUGUAUGCAAUAAGAAAGGAGGUAGUAGGAGCUGUGGAGCUUCUUCUCAGUUACAGGAGGCCGAGUGGAGAAAAACAGGUGCCAACAUUAAUGAUGGACACCCAGUUUUCAGAGUUCACACCGGACAUUACUCCUAUUAUGCUGGCUGCUCACACCAAUAACUAUGAAAUUAUAAAACUCUUAGUCCAAAGAAGGGUGACUAUCCCUCGCCCGCAUCAGAUACGUUGCAACUGUGUAGAAUGUGUCUCCAGUUCAGAAGUUGACAGCCUAAGACACUCCAGGUCUCGGCUCAACAUCUACAAGGCUCUCGCCAGCCCUUCUCUGAUUGCCUUAUCUAGUGAGGACCCCAUUUUAACGUCCUUCCGCCUUGGCUGGGAGUUGAAAGAGCUGAGUAAGGUGGAGAAUGAAUUUAAAGCAGAAUAUGAAGAACUAUCUCAGCAGUGCAAAAGGUUUGCCAAGGACCUUCUUGACCAAGCAAGGAGCUCUAGAGAACUGGAGAUUAUCCUCAACCAUAGGGAUGAUCAGAGUGAGGAGCUGGAUCCUCAAAAGUGUCAUGACCUUGCCAAGCUAAAGGUAGCAAUAAAGUAUCAUCAGAAAGAGUUUGUGGCACAGCCAAACUGCCAACAACUACUGGCAACACUGUGGUAUGAUGGAUUUCCAGGAUGGCGUCGGAAGCACUGGGCAGUAAAGCUUUUGACCUGUAUCACCAUUGGGCUGUUAUUUCCAGUUCUUUCCGUGGCAUAUUUGAUCGCACCCAAGAGCAGGCUGGGACUGUUCAUUAAAAAGCCAUUCAUCAAGUUUAUUUGCCAUACGGCCUCAUAUCUCACCUUUCUCUUCCUCCUGCUUUUGGCCUCUCAGCACAUAGUAAGGACUCACCUACAUACGCAGGGACCUCCCCCAACCGUGGUGGAGUGGAUGAUAUUACCGUGGGUUCUAGGUUUUAUUUGGGGUGAAAUUAAGGAAAUGUGGGAUGGUGGAUUCACAGAGUAUGUUCAUGAUUGGUGGAACCUCAUGGACUUUGCUAUGAACUCCCUCUAUCUUGCAACCAUCUCCCUUAAAAUUGUAGCUUACGUAAAGUACAGCGGCUCAAGGCCAAGAGAAGAAUGGGAUAUGUGGCACCCUACUCUGAUUGCUGAAGCCCUUUUUGCAAUAUCUAAUAUCCUGAGCUCCCUACGUCUCAUCUCCCUGUUCACAGCCAAUUCCCAUCUUGGCCCCUUGCAGAUCUCCUUGGGGCGAAUGCUGCUCGAUAUUCUAAAAUUUCUCUUCAUCUACUGCUUGGUGCUUCUGGCCUUUGCCAAUGGACUAAAUCAACUGUACUUUUAUUAUGAGACUAGUGCCUCUGAGGAACCCAACAAUUGCAAGGGAAUCCGAUGUGAGAAGCAAAACAACGCUUUUUCCACCCUCUUUGAAACCCUCCAGUCCUUGUUUUGGUCAGUGUUUGGUCUUCUGAAUUUGUAUGUCACCAAUGUGAAAGCUCGUCAUGAGUUCACCGAGUUUGUUGGAGCCACAAUGUUUGGAACGUACAAUGUCAUCUCCUUGGUUGUGUUACUCAACAUGCUUAUAGCUAUGAUGAACAAUUCCUACCAGCUGAUUGCUGAUCACGCUGACAUUGAAUGGAAAUUUGCAAGAACUAAGCUCUGGAUGAGCUAUUUUGAUGAAGGUGGGACACUACCGCCCCCUUUUAACAUCAUUCCUAGUCCCAAAUCCAUCUGGUACCUUUUCAAAUGGACACACUAUCAACUCUGCCCGGGAAAAGACUCUGAAGGAUUCCACAAGCAACAUGAAAAUCUCAAAACCUUCACUGAAAGGCAUGCUGACAACCUGAUUCAGAAUCAGCAUUACCAGGAGGUGAUUAGAAAUCUGGUGAAAAGAUAUGUUGCAGCAAUGAUCAGAAAUUCAAAAACCAAUGAGGGUUUGACAGAAGAAAAUUUUAAGGAGCUGAAGCAGGACAUCUCUAGUUUCCGAUAUGAAGUACUUGACCUCUUAGGAAACAGAAAACCUCCAAGAAGAAGUUACUCCACUAGCAGUACUGAAGUAUCUCAAAAGGAGGAGACACCAGAAAACCAUGCCAAGUCAAAGAGUGUUUCCUUCAAUGUAUCACAGAAAAAAAAAGAUUUCAAUGUAUCUGCCCUGAUUAAGACAAUGUCUGGGAUUGAAAUCAUUGAGGACGCACCCAAAAGUAAUGGGAUUAAUAAUCGCUCUUUCAUUAGGAAUGGCAACAAGCUACAGAGGCUUUCAAGUUCUAAGAAAGAGUCCUUCAAAAGGCUGGGCCUCCUCUUUUCCAAAAUGAAUGGUCAUGUGCCAGAACCAGCUUCAGAACCAGUAUACACCAUCUCUGAUGGACUUAUUCAGCCUCACUGCAUGUGGCAGGACUUAAAACACACUCAGACUGAUGGAGAGACAGAAGGCUCUAAAAGUGAAAUUAACCUCAGUGAGGUGAGUCAAGGUGGGAGCAUUGGUGGCCAAAGUAUUGAACACGCUCCUGUUUGUACCAACUCUCUACACUGUGCUUCCAGCCUAUGCUCCUCUAGCUCCAAGCUGAUAGACUCUACAGAAGAUGUAUUUGACUCUUGGGGUGAGGCAUGUGACCUGCUCAUCAACCAAUGGAAAGACGGACAGGAAGAGCAGGUCACAACAAGACUAUAA